AUGCCAGAGUUAGGGUUUCAGGAACGAAGAUCCUGGAGGCGUGCGGGUUCCAGAAGAGGUGGCGGCGACACCAGCCCUGAUUCCGUCAUCUUCACGCUCGAAUCCAACUUGAGUCUCUUCUCUUCCGCUUCCGCAAGCGUCGAUCGUUGUUCCUUCGCUUCCGAUGCACACGAUCAUGAUUCGUUAGCCUCCGAACUCUCGCUGCAUUUGGCAGCGCAGGAACACGACGGCGAUUUUGCUCCAAGCGAGAGCUGGAGCGGUCCAGAUCCAGAUCCGGAUCCGAAUAAACAGCAACAACUGCAACUGCAUCAUGCGGAUGCAGUACAUAAGAAGCAGCACCAAAUUCGUUUCUCUGGAAAGGGAGAGAAAGCGAAAGUUCAAAAGGAAGAAGACAGUGACGGUGACACUGAAGACGGAAAUCAACACCUGGAAUUUGAUUCAGCGAGAAACUCUUUCUCUCUAGCUCUUAAAGAAUGUCAGGAUCGGAGAUCAAGAUCUGAGGCCUUAUUCAAGAAGCACGAUCGGCGAAGGCCUGCUUCUUUAGACCUGAACAAUGCUUCUUCGCCUCGCUUGGGAUUGGCAGCAAUGAAGAAGAGUACUGUUUCGUCACGAAGGUCUGGUUCUGGCUCUGGCACUUUCCCAAGUCCUGGAACGCCUAAUUAUCUUCAAGCUGGUGUUGCAAUGCAAAAGGGUUGGAGCUCAGAGCGAGUUCCUUUGCAUACAGGUGCUGUCCGGAAACAUGUUGGUGCGGCUCUGUUGCCUUUAAACAAUGGGAGAACGUUGCCAUCCAAAUGGGAAGAUGCUGAGCGGUGGAUUCUCAGUCCCGUUUCUGGUGAUGGCACUGGCAGGGCCUCGCUUCCGCCACCGCAGAGGAGGCCGAAGUCCAAGAGUGGUCCACUUGGCCCCCCAGGUGCUGCUGCUGUUGCGUAUUAUUCCAUGUACUCCCCUGUAGGGCCUUUGUUUGAUGGUGGCAAUUCGGGGAGUUUUAUGGCGGCUUCUCCAUUUUCUGCUGCUGUUAAUAUCUCAGCCGCUGAUGGGUUGACAACCAGUUCUGGUGGCAGUUGCGGAGUGCCUCCCACCAGAACUGAUCCUUGCAUGGCUCGCUCUGUUAGUGUCCAUGGAUGCUCUCAGAUGCAGAGUCCGUCAUCAAUGCCUGCCCAAGGGGAGAAGUUUGAUGGUUUCAAAGAUGCGGGCACUAAUGUCUCUCCUGGAGUUUCAAGGAGGGAUAUGGCAACCCAGAUGAGCCCAGAGGGUAGCUCAUGCUCCUCUCCCAAUAUGAGGCCAUCUUUCUCUGCUUCCACUCCACCUGCUCUUCCUAUCACAGAGUUGCAGAGUGUCUCCUUCUCUAAAAUGGAUAUCAGGGAUGUGCAGGUAGAUGAACGUGUAACCAUGACAAGGUGGUCGAAGAAACACAGAGCCCUAUUCUCUGGCCGAGGCUCUGAAAAUGUUGACAGCUGGAAAAAGAAAGAAACAAGCUGUCGAUCUUCAUCUUGGGACGUUUCUGAAAGGUCAAAGAAUGUUUCAAAGACUAAAAGGGAGGAAGCCAGAAUCACUGCAUGGGAGAACUUGCAGAAGGCAAAAGCUGAGGCAGCAAUACGGAAACUAGAGAUGAAGUUGGAAAAGAAGCGAGCAUCGUCUAUGGAUAAGAUUAUGAACAAGCUAAGAUUGGCUCAGAAAAAAGCACAGGAAAUGAGAAGUUCAGUUUUAACCAACCAGGCCCAUCAAGUUGCUACAACUCCUCACAAGGCAAUAUUAUUUCGUAGAACCAGCCAGAUGGGUUCUUUAAGUGGUUGUUUCACCUGUCAUGCCUUUUAAGCUUCUCCGGCAUUCUUUUCCGUUCAAGUGAAGCAGGGUUUCAGCAUUCAGAAGGAUUCAAAAUGCCGCCUGUUAAUGAAUGAAAGGUGG